GGGCUGACUGGCCUCCAUUUCCUUCAAGCGUCUGCACAUAACCUUCGUAGCAGCAACCAACCACUUGAAAACAGCAGGUUUAAUACAAUGCUUCGCCAAGUUAAACCCAAAAACGCGCGUGCUAAGCGUGCUCUUGAAAAAAGAGAACCCAAAACUGUAGAGGAUGUUAAAAUAGCCUUGUUUUUGCGAGGAACUGCUACUUCUCAAAUCAGUGUUGAUGCGCUGUCUGACUUGUAUGCGUUGAAGAAGCCUGCUGCUGUCAAUUUUCAAAAAAAGAAUGCAAUUUUGCCUUUCGAAGACACAACUUCUUUGGACUUCCUUUCGGAGAAGAAUGAUGCUGCUUUUGCGGUAUUGGCUACCCACAACAAAAAGCGUCCUCACAAUCUUACUUGGGUUCGUUUUUUUGAUCACAAAGUUAUGGAUAUGAUGGAAAUGGGAAUUUCCAACUUUAAGUCUAUUAAGGAGUUUAGCGCUCCUCUCAUUGUCCCGGGAACCAAGCCGUUGAUCAUUUUCCAAGGUUCUGUGUUUGACAAUCAUCCUGUGUAUCGUCACGCAAAAUCUUUGUUCCUUGACUUCUUCCGUGGCGAAACAAUUAAAAAGAUAGAUUCUGCUGGUCUAACCUAUGUGGUUGUUAUUUCUGCCGCUGAUCUUGAGGACCCUGAGGCCGAAAAUGUUGCUUCAUUCCCUAAAAUUAACUUCCGUGUUUACAACACUAAACUGUUGAAGACCGAGCAAAAACUUCCUCGUGUGGAACUGGUUGAAAUGGGCCCUAGAAUGGAUUUGUCUAUUCGUCGCAUUGAGGCUGCCCAAGACGAUGUUCUUCAGGAAGCACUCAAGAAACCCAAGUCUCAAGAGGUCAAAACAAAGAAGAACAUUGAUGUCAAUCCUAUUGGUGACAAGGUUGGUCGCAUCCACAUUGAUAAACAGGAUCUUAACAAGCUGCAAACCCGUAAGAUGAAGGGUUUGAAGCGUGGCCCUCAAGCUCUUGAGGAGGGGGAUGAGGAAGAAGAAGAAAUGGAAGGUUCCGAAGACGAGGAGGAGGAGGAAGACGAAGAGUAGAUGAAGUGUACUUGCUCUCUAAUCUUUUACCGGCUACUGUUUUAUUCUCCUUUGCUUAACCUUUCCUCUUUUGGCGUUCUUUUUUGGUACUUACGCUGCGUUUUUUUAUAUGCCCUCUCUAGUUUGCUUCUCUCCAAUAGAUAGGGAAGCUUAUGGUUCAAAUAUAUACUUAGGUUUCGGGUUUUGGGUAAAAAAAAGAAAAGUUUCUGGUUGUGUAAGGCUCUAUUGAGUGCCGUAGAUAUUAGAGAGCAACAAGAGAGCUUGAAGCUACGAAGUUUACUCCUUAGUAAUCUAUCAGCAUUUGAAACAGUUACGCCGAAAAACACUGUUUAGUAACAUUUUUUGGGACGAGGAGAUUUAUUGUCGCCAUGUAAUGCAUUUGUUCUUAUUUUCA